UUGUAAUUACGUUAAGUAACUGGUGUACAGAAAGCAGUUAUAAAAAUUAAUCAACCAUUGGUAUAAGAAAAGUUACUUUUUAGUUUUGUUUUUUUUCUUACUCUAAAACAAAAUGCCAGUGGAUCAGAUUCAAUAUUCUGAAAAAUAUAAUGAUGAUAAAUAUGAAUACAGGCAUGUGAUAUUACCACAAGAUAUAGCCAGGCAUGUCCCAAAGACUCAUCUCAUGACAGAAACUGAGUGGAGAAAUUUAGGAGUUCAACAGAGUCCCGGAUGGGUCCAUUAUAUGAUGCAUGGACCAGAGCCACAUGUUCUAUUAUUCCGUAGACCGAGGACUGAUCUGGAGGCACCUAGGUGUAUUCUACAGACAGAAGAAAUUAAUACUUGUUGUUAAAUAUAAUUAAAAGUAAUGAUUACACGUAAGAUUACAAAUUAGUGUAAAUAAUGUUAGAUAGGCAAGAGCUAGUUAUAAGCAUGGAUAUCAUUUUUCAUUUUUGUCUACAUAAUUUAUAUUUAUAUAUGAAGUAUAAUGUACAAAUAUUUUAAAAUUAACAUAUAAGAGAAAAAGGAUACAAACAAUAUGCUCGACGUUAUAAGUAUCUUCAGAUGACGAAAGAAAAAAUACUUUGAUAUAAUAUAUGGCAAUAUUAUAUCUGUGUAUCUAUCAUUAAUUGUUACAACUAUUAAAAUAAUUCAAGGACAGCAAUAU